GUUUAGCAACAGCACAGGCUGGCUUCCAGCAACGAGCUCUGGGAAUGGAGGCAGUCCCAGUGAGGGGGCUGUGGGUCCACCUCAUUUCCAGGUGCUCCCCAAGCACGAGAACCUCAAUAACCCUGCCCUGCCUGCUGCUUUAUGUCCUACACCUCACAGCUGGAGCAACUGCAGAGCCGCGCUACGUGGUGCUGUUCCCCUCUGUACUCCACUAUCCACAUGUGGGCAAGGUUCAUGUUCACCUCCUGGACAUGAAUGAGUCUGUCCGGGUGACCCUCCACCUAGCGAGCAGCCACAACAUCAGUAACUUCACCCUGGAGGAGAAGGGGACGAAGAUCCUUCACCUGAACUGGCCCCAGCUCUCCAACAUUUCUGCCCUGUCUCCAGAGGAGGAGGAAGUUGCACACCUGCACAUCUCAAUCCACGGAAGUUCCCUGCAGGUCUCUGAGCAGAAGAAAGUCCUGGUGAAAGCCUUGGAGCUGGGAACUUUGAUACAAACAGACAAGGAUGUCUACAAGCCUGGACAAACAGUGAAGUUUCGAAUUGUUCUUUUGGAUAAAGACUUCAUUCCCAGCAACAGCAAGCUUCCCUUUGUGGCUGUGCAGGAUCCCAGAGGGAAUGGCGUGGCACAGUGGCAAGAUGUGAGCCCACGGCAGGGCAUCGUGGAGCUGUCCCUCCCACUGUCUGCAGAGCAAGCCCUGGGCGCAUAUACCAUCAAAGCAGGGGGCAAAAGGCACUCCUUCAGAGUGAAGGACUAUGGGCUGCCCCACUUUGAAGUGGCCAUUCAGCUACCCCUCUUUGUGACAAAGCUGGACAAAAGCCUCCAGCUGCAAGUGUGUGGCUGGUACCCAUCCAGGAAACCUUUCCGAGGAAGGGCUGAGGGCAGCCUAUGCCAGCCCUACCAACAGCAUUGGUCCUCGGUGGAACCUACUAAGAACUGUGUUGAGUUUAUGGGCCAGACUGGGAAGAACGGCUGCUUUUCCACAGAGGUGCUGAUGGCUUCCUUCAACCUGACCAGCUUUGACUAUGAGAGACGCCUGUAUGCUUAUGCCUCUCUGCAGGAAGAGGGGACAGGAAUGUGGCGCAAAGUGACCAAGACCUGUCAGAUCUUUCCUGAAGUCUUCACAGUGACCAUCAGUGAAAACACUGAUGAUUUCUACAGACCUGGGAUCCCCUACACUGGGACGAGAUGCUCCUAAGGAGAGCUGACGGCUCCCCACUGAAGGAGAAGCAGCUGCUGCUCAUUGUUGCAUCUGGAGGGAAAAACACAAGACAGGUC